AUAUGUGUAUAUAGAGGGAGAGAGAAGGGAAGAGAGAGAGAGAGGCAGAGACAGAGAGAAUCCAAACAAGCCCACCAAGCCAAGCUACUGUCUGUCCAUCUUCACCUCCAUACAACCUCCACUCUCUCUUUUAGAGAGAUAAAUUGAAUCUAUCUGACAAUUAUCUAUUAAUUUCUUUGAUUGUUUCAAAAGCAAAGCACAAGAUUCAUCCUCCUGUAAACAAAAACAUGGUUAGUCUUUUUUCAAGAUUUUCUGUCAGCAGAAACGGUCAUCGUCGCACCCAAAGUGCACUCGAACAAGGGGCGAUUAUACCGCCGGAUACAGUUACUACAGAAGCUACGAGUGUCGCAGGAGUCAUGUCUACAUCUCAUCAUGGAAUUGAAGUUGCAGUCGAGUUUAAACCUGUCGACCGUCCUAUUGAACCUCUUGACUUAGAUCAACCUGUUCCGUGCCCGUUGCCUGAGCCUUCAAUCCUCAAUGAUGGAAGAAUAUGGAAAGAACGCGUAUCUGCAGGGGUGAACAGAAGGCCCGAUUUGGCUGUAACACAGGAGGAAACGGUGGGCACGCCUGAACCCGAGACACCUAAAACAAAAUCACGACCACGAACAAAUCGGAUGAUACUUCCAUCAAUUAGUGCACCUGAACAUAACAUUCUUAAACUCCUCGAAGAAUCUGGAAUGUAAUUUUAUGCUCAAAGCAUUUGUUGAAUUCAAGGUUCCACCCUUGUCCUACAUUUUUUCGAGAUCACUUCUUAAGUGAAUAAUUUUGAACACAAAGUAUUGCAUGUACAUACUCUAAAGUGAUCUUUUACUGCCUGUAGUUUCUCUGUCUUCAAAAUACAUAUGCAUGUGUGUAUGUGUGUA